GAUUAGGUAUUUGAAUUAUCCGCUACUCCUUACUAGCCCUCCAAUUUGCUAUACGCUAGUGGCAGCACUUGUGAUAGUGGAUAAGUGUACAGAGCUGCAAAGCCGGCUCGCUGACAUGGAAUCAUUGCACUCUAACAUGUUCACCAUUCAAGUUUGCUACAGCUAAAAACCAUCUCUUAGCCAGUUUUUAAACUCUCCUUCCAUGAAACAAUGCUCCUCUCGUGACCCUUUCUCUGUAAUUUUUAAUUUAAUCACGAUUCUCUUCUUGGCGUUUUCCGCCUCCCCAUUUUCCUCCACCGCCCACUAAACGAUGAAAAAUCUUUGAUUGAAAAUUUUUAUUGCAGCUUUCCCUCCUUUUUCUUCCCUUUUUUACUCUGAAAAAUGGAGUCUCUGGCAAGUCACGGUUUCACUUCUCAUGGAGCAAUUACUUUCCUUUCGAACCAUCCUUUCUAUUCUGAUUUUGCUUUUGGGUACUUCUGCUGAAUCAGUUCUGGUGCCAAAUCAACUUCACCAGACUGCAAGAAAAGGCCAUAUUGCUGCUGAGGAGGAUAACGUCAUAUUGAACCCUAGGUUUGAGGAUGGCCUUAAUAAUUGGUCUGCCAAAGGCUGUAAGAUUGAACUUCAUGAAUCUAUGGGAGAUGGAAAAAUAAUUCCACAAUCAGGAAAGUUCUUUGCUUCUGCAACAGAACGCACAGAAAAGUGGAAUGGAAUUGAACAGGAGAUCACUGGAAGAGUUCAGCAACGUGUUGCUUAUGAGGCGAUUGCACUAGUUCGAGUAUAUAGUGACAAUGUCACCAGUGCUGAUGUGCAGCUCACCCUGUGGGUUCAAGAACAAGAUCUUCGUGAAGAAUACAUAGCUAUUGCCAAUUCACAGGCAACGGAUGAAGAUUGGGUUGCAUUGAAGGGGGAGUUCCUUCUUAAUGGUUUCCCAUCAAGAGCAGUAAUAUAUUUAGAAGGUCCACUUCCAGGAACUGAUAUUCUAGUAAAUAGUCUAAUUGUAAAGCACGCAGAGAAGAUCCCUUCAUCAGCUCGACCCGUAUCCAAGAAUGCCACUUUUGGGUUGAAUAUAAUUGAGAACAGCGAUCUUGAUGAUGGCACCAAUCAGUGGUUUGCUCUUGGUAACUGUGCCUUGAGUGUUGAAACUGGUUCACCACACAUACUCCCUCCAAUGGCGAAAGACUCUCUUGGACCUUAUAACUCUCUAAGUGGCCACUAUAUCCGAGUAACCAACCGCAUAGAUUCAUGGAUGGGUCCUGCACAGAUGUUAACUGAAAAAUUGAGAGUGUAUCUGACAUAUCAAGUAUCUGCUUGGGUUCGAGUUGGUGCUGGAGCAACUGAACCUCAAAUUUUGAACGUUGCACUCAGUGUGGAUGGCCAGUGGAUCAAUGGAGGAGAAAUUGAGUCUAAUGAUGCCAAGUGGCAUGAGGUUGGUGGGUCCUUUAGAAUUGAGAACCAAUCAUCCAACGUAAUGGUUUAUGUCCAAGGUCCUGCUCCAGGUGUUGAUUUAAUGGUUGCAGGACUUCAUAUUUUCCCUGUAAAUCGGAAAGCAAGAUUUAAGUAUUUGAAGAAGCAAACAGAUAAGAUACGUAAGCGAGAUAUCAUCCUACAAUUUUCUGGAUCCGACACUAGCAAUAUAGUUGGCAACCUUGUUAAAGUUGUACAGACACAAAACAGUUUUCCUUUGGGAUCAUGCAUAACCAGAACAAGCCUGGACAAUGAAGGAUUUGUUAAAUUUUUUAUUAAAAAUUUUAACUGGGCUGUGUUUGAAAAUGAAAUGAAGUGGUCCUGGACAGAACCACAAGAGGGUAAAUUCAAUUACAAGGAAGCUGAUGAGCUCGUGGAAUGGUGCAAGAGCCACAACGUAAAAAUUCGUGGUCAUUGUAUCUUCUGGGAUAUGGAGUAUGCAAUUCAACCAUGGGUUCGAUCUUUGAAUGGAAAUGACUUGAUGACUGCUGUUCAGAACCGCCUGACAGACCUUCUCUCUCGUUACAAGGGAAAGUUCAGCCACUUUGAUGUGAACAAUGAGAUGCUGCAUGGUUCAUUUUAUCAAGAUCGACUGGAUAAAGAUAUCCGAGUCAACAUGUUCAAAACUGCCCAACAACUAGAUCCUUCUGCUACUCUCUUUGUUAAUGAUUAUCACAUAGAGGAUGGAAGUGACAUUAGAUCAUCACCAGAGAAAUACAUACAACAAAUUCUUGACCUACAGGGGCAAGGUGCUCCAGUCGGAGGAGUCGGUAUUCAAGGACAUAUUGAUGUUCCAGUUGGACCCAUUGUUUCUUCUGCACUGGAUAAAUUAGGAACUCUUGGUCUACCAAUAUGGUUUACGGAACUUGAUGUUUCUUCAGCUAACGAGUACGUUAGAGCAGAUGACUUGGAAGUAAUGCUUCGAGAGGCUUAUGCACAUCCUGCAGUGGAAGGUGUGAUGCUUUGGGGAUUUUGGGAGUUGUACAUGUCCCGGAAAUAUGCUCAUCUAGUGAAUGCAGAUGGUAAAAUCAAUGUAGCUGGUAAGAGAUUCCUUGCUCUUAAGAAAGAGUGGCUGUCUGAUGCUAAUGGGAGUAUUAAUGAUCAACUAGAGUUCCGAUUUAGAGGUUUCCAUGGGACUUACAAUGUAGAAAUUGAUUCCUCUUCAAAGAAAGUUAACAAGACAUUUAUUGUUGACCAGGGUGAAUCGCCUCUUGUAGUUUCCAUUGACUUGUAAACAUUUAGGCAUUUGGUGUUCAUAGAGAGUUCUCAAACUAGCAGUGAACAUUAGGAAUCAUUGACCUGCUUUUAUUUGCUUAAUGCAAUUAUAGAAGGAUAUCAAAGUAAUGUCUUUUUUGGUUACAGUGUAUUAGUUAUCUACCGUCUACAGUAACAUUUUGUUCAGGAUUUGAUGGUUUCUCCACUAUCACGUCCAGACAUAGUAGCUGAGAUGAUGUUUUCAAAUAUUUUGCGUUU